GUUUGCUUCCCAUGAGCGGGAGGAGGAAGAGGAAGAGGAGGAGGCGGCGGUGGGGGGAGCCUGUUCUCCCGUCCGGCCCGCGGCAGGAAACAAAGAGCCAGGAAGGCAGCGGCGACGAGACGGGGAUGCGGCAGCCACAGCUCUCCUAGUGGUCAGCCAUAUGUGGUUUCCAAUGUGGAUUUGACUGGGAGUACUGCAAAUCUGAUGGCAGGGAGUGAAAAAUCUACAGCAGCGUGAAAUUUUCUUAUUUUCCUGGCACACUGUUACUGGAAUGCCCAAAGAGAAGUACGAUCCACCUGAUCCACGGAGGAUGUACACAAUUAUGUCCUCAGAGGAAGCAGCCAAUGGCAAAAAAUCGCACUGGGCAGAGUUGGAAAUCAGUGGGAAAGUAAGAAGUCUAAGUUCAUCCUUGUGGUCACUGACACAUUUAACAGCUUUGCAUCUCAGUGACAACUCCUUAUCCCGUAUUCCUUCAGACAUUGCCAAACUUCACAAUCUGGUAUAUUUGGACCUCUCAUCUAAUAAAAUCCGUAGUUUACCAGCAGAACUCGGAAACAUGGUGUCACUCAGGGAACUUCAUUUAAAUAACAACCUGUUACGAGUUCUACCAUUUGAGCUGGGAAAACUAUUUCAGUUACAGACUUUGGGUUUGAAAGGAAACCCACUUACACAGGAUAUUUUGAAUCUCUAUCAGGAACCAGAUGGAACAAGAAGGCUACUGAGUUACUUGCUUGAUAACCUGGCAGGUACUGCAAAAAGAAUUUCAACUGAACAGCCACCUCCAAGAUCUUGGAUUAUGUUGCAAGAACCAGAUAGAACAAGACCAACAGCUCUGUUUUCUGUAAUGUGUUACAAUGUCCUCUGUGAUAAAUAUGCUACUCGGCAGCUAUAUGGCUAUUGCCCAUCAUGGGCCUUGAACUGGGAAUACAGGAAAAAGGCUAUUAUGCAGGAAAUCAUGACCUGGAAUGCUGACAUUAUAAGUCUUCAGGAGGUUGAGACUGAGCAGUACUACAGUUUUUUCCUAGCAGAAUUGAAAGAACGUGGGUACAAUGGAUUCUUUAGUCCCAAAUCUAGAGCUAGGACAAUGUCUGAACAAGAAAGAAAGCAUGUUGAUGGUUGUGCAAUAUUUUUCAAGACAGAAAAGUUCAGCUUAGUUCAAAAGCACACUGUUGAGUUUAAUCAACUGGCUAUGGCAAACUCAGAAGGUUCUGAAGCAAUGCUGAACCGAGUGAUGACAAAAGAUAAUAUUGGUGUUGCUGUGUUAUUAGAACUACGAAAGGAAUUAAUAGAAAUAUCAUCUGUCAAGUCACACCCUACAAUGGACAAACAGCUAAUCCUUGUAGCAAAUGCACAUAUGCACUGGGACCCAGAGUAUUCAGAUGUGAAGCUGGUUCAAACCAUGAUGUUCCUUUCUGAGGUGAAAAACAUAAUUGACAAAGCCUCUCGGACUCUUAAGGCCGGUACUUCAGGAGAACAUGCAGCCAUUCCACUUGUACUAUGUGCAGAUCUGAAUUCUCUGCCAGAUUCUGGUGUAGUUGAAUAUUUGAGCACUGGUGGAGUGGAAACAAACCAUAAAGAUUUUAAGGAACUGAGAUAUAAUGAAAGUCUUACUAACUUCAGUUGUAAUGGGAAAAAUGGAACUACUAAUGGAAGGAUUACUCAUGGUUUCAAACUGAAGAGUGCCUAUGAGAAUGGCCUAAUGCCUUAUACCAAUUAUACAUUUGAUUUCAAGGGUAUUAUUGACUACAUCUUCUACUCCAAACCUCAACUGAAUAUUAUUGGCAUCCUGGGACCUUUGGAUCAUCAUUGGCUAAUAGAGAACAAUAUAAGUGGCUGUCCACACCCCCUCAUACCUUCUGACCACUUCUCACUUUUUGCACAACUGGAGCUGGUGCUGCCUUUCCUGCCCCCAGUAAAUGGAAUCCAUUUGCCUAGCAGGAGGUAGUCAAGUACAUUUUAGAGGGCAACCUCGAUUUGAUUUGUAAAAUUGUAAAAUCUGAAUAUAGAGGAGUGAGGUAUGGCCAACAGGGAUCUUUCUUAAUGAUCUUAAUUUUAAAUCUAAUUAUUUGAUAAAGAAAUAGUAAAAGCCAGGUGCUAUCAGACACACAAUUCUGAGCCCAACAUACUUUAUAUAUAUAUAUAUACUGUUAGACAGGGAUUGGUGCAUUUGCACCUUUCUAGGAUUUGUUACAAUUAAUCUGUUUGUUCUAUCCAAUGUAAUAUUUCAUGCCUUGAAAAUAGGGAAUUACUAUAAUAAAUUCUCUUUUGCACAGACACCUGUAGCACUACUUUUUUGAGGCCAGUAGUAAAACAUCAAAAGACCAUUCUUCCAUACUUCACUCCCUUCUUUUUCAGACUUGUUUGUUUGUAAAAUAUAGAAUUUGAAUUUAGCCUUUAUUGAUUGUAUAUGAACAACAGGAAACCUGAUUUAUGAGAUUUUGUACUUUAAAAAAAUCAGAUUUGGAAAAUGAUUGUAUUGUAAACUAAGGCUAAAUUUUUAUCUGUUUCAUGUGUUAUAAAGGCCAGCUUGUAAAAGAAGUUGCACCAGGCUUUCUCUGCCAAUGAUUUGCACUGUUAGGGUUUUAGCCCUUAUGUACUACUUCAUUUUUUAAAAAUUGAGAACAUUGCAAAACAUAGCAAUUUUUUUCAAGCUAGUUUAACAUACACACAUUUUGUUCUUUCUGUUCCCUGCUUAAAUCAGCAACUUAAACUUUUUUUCAUAAUGGAUAAGCUAAGCAAUGACUGAUUUAGGCUUCUAUUGAGAUAUUCAAUCUAAUAUUCUUCUGCAGAACGUAGUGUACAGCCUUUUAGUUUCUGCCUGAAGCCGCCCAUCUCCUCUCUCCACUGUGCCUGCUUCAUUUUGUUCUCAAUUAGCACUGCCUGUGCAUGCAGAGAGAACCUGUGCAUCCUCUUUUAAUUUUUUAAAAAUAAUGUUAACAUUUUGUGAAAAUUUUAUGAAGAUACUUUUGUAUAAGCUGUGGCAUCUAUUUUUUUCCUUUGUGAAGCAUUGAAUAUCACUUUUUGAACAUGUUCAGAUUGUGGGUACACCAGUUCUACGCUUCUGACACCCAUGCACUGCUUCUUUUAGUGUCCUUGCACAAUGCUGUGUGUGUUUGUUUCUCUUCCUCUCCUCCUCUCCCUUCCCCAUCACCGACUGAAUAUUAUCAUGUGAAUUCCUUUUCAGUGUAAACAUAUUCCUCAGUCAUUCCUCAGUCAUCAUUCCCUGGAGAUAAAGUGUACCCUCUUCUGUUUUAUGAAGCAGUAUAACUAGAGAUGUGUUUUUCAAUACAGGUUCCUUAGACAACACUUCAGAUCAAUUGUUAAAGUGACCAAGUCCUGUUCUAUAAAGUGUCAACUAAAUGAAGGUUGCAGUGUACCCCUAUAGUGCCAUUUGGUGUCUGAAAGCCAAGUCAUUUUCUCUCUCACACACACACACACACAUACACAGUUGUAUGUAUGUGUAUGUAUGUAUGAGAAAAAGAUAAAGCCUGAAAGGGAAAGUCAAUCAAAUCCUUAGAAACCUUAAUUUCAGAAAUAAAUCUUUCAUAUUUUGAGAGGGAACUUGGUCAAAAUGUUUUUGUUUCACCUGCGGGCAGAGAAACAAAAGCUCACUCUUGAAUUGAAAAAUUCUGAAGGGAUAAUGAAUUUUUUUAAAGAAAUAAAUAAAAUGGGUCUUAAUAAUAAUGACUUAAAAUUUUAUAAAAAGGAAAACUGUCAGCAUUUACAAGUGCUCAACCAUUUUGUUUUAAAGAGAACAAUAAACCUGCAAUGAGCUUUUUAAAAAUUCAGUAGGAAAAGUCUAGAUCUUGAAUCCUUGUCUAGGACCUGGUUUAUUAUUAACUUGAUUUUUUUUAGUUGUCCAAAACCAAACAUGUCCAGUUUAUAAUCAGUACAUCGGAAUGCUGGUAAUAAUUGAUGUAGUAGAUUCAAUGAGUAGUGUUGCUUUUUCUGUUCUUGUUUUUUGGGUUUGGGGGUUAUUUUGUAAAAGUGUGAAUAAAAGGUGUUUUACUCAUGUUUCCUUAACGAUGUGUUGGUAAUGUGCAUCAUGACAAUUUUCAGAGGCAAUGAAGCCAAUUUAGCGUGUCAUUUUCAGCAAUCUAUUUUGUUUCCUGAUUAUCUGGAUUAUUUAAUAGUAUGUCCAGAAAGCUUUAUGGAAGGGAAGCACUUAUUUGUUUAAUAUUUCUUAGAAGGAGUUAUUUUUUUUUUCUUUUUAAGCUGGAGCUUGAGUGCACUUGGUAUAUUCUAAAGGUUUAAGCUUUACACAUGCAUUUCCACCUUUAUUUUUCAAUCUUAAGUAUAUCUAUAUCUAUAUGAAUUUAUGGCAGCACAUUCAAAGGUUAAAAGCCUGCUCAUGUGCUCAAGGACUCUGUGUUGCUUUGGACAUGUUUCCAAACUGUGGGCAGCUCAAAUUACUUUUCCAUUUGGGAGAAUGCAAUUCUUGAAGAGAACUCAGAAAAAGCUGAUAUAUUCUCUUUUACAUCAAUGGACCAACGGUCAGAUCCUACAGCAGUGAACUGAAGCUCACUCUAAGGAAAUAUUGUGCAUCUUUGCAGAAUGGUAUAAGUUGCACCAAAUGUGUCUGGCAGUCAAUAUCAGAAAAGUACUACUUUUUAGACAGUUUCCUGCAUUAAAUUCAGAUAUUUCAUAAAUGAAUGCAAUAAACUAUCUGUCUUCACAAAAUGCUCAUUUACAAUAACCUAAACACUUUGGAUGUUGCCAUACUAUAUGUUCAGUGUUUCUUAUUAAUGUAAUCACAUAUAUUUAAAAAAAGAGCAUAAAGCAUUGCUGGGCAUGAAGCUCCCUCUCCCUGUCCCCCAAUUUAAUCAAAACUAGGUAUCUAGGUAUGAUCACAUAUUGAAAAACAUUGUAACUACAGCCUGCAUAUUUCUGGUUCAUAAUUCUUGAAAUGUUAGAGAUACUGGCAUUUUUUAAGAUCACAAAGAAACACCUCGAGGAAAUGUGUGUAAUUAUUUUGUCCCCUUCUAUUUUUGGGUUUAAAACAAAUUUUCAACUGUAAAUUCAGGAUAGACUUGAACCCACUGAUGUAAACCUAUGGCAAAAUCUUAUGAAUUCUACUGUGAAUGAAAUAUAUAAAUUCAAGUGUCAAGUUCUCACUUCAUCAAUGGGACAAAAAACAAGACAAAAUAAUUGCACAGCCAUUUUCAACAGAAGAUAAUCACAUGGAAAUUUUGCAAGUCAAAUUUACUGCUUAUAUAGUGAGUCUGUCCCCGCCCCUCCCCUCAUCCAGCCUGACACAGUAUUUUAGUAUAUGUUAACUCCUGCUAUACUUUUUGGUUGUGUAAGCUUUUUUAAAAUGUAGGUAUCUUGGUAUGUUUAAGUAGUGUCUAAAAUUUAGAUUACCUAGUCUCUAUUCACAGUACUUCUGUAUAACGUGUAAUGCACUGGACUAACUCUUGUUUACCAUACGUGUAACAAAAAACAAAACAAAACCAGCACAUCAUCUGCACUAAGCUCAAAGAAUGUUGCAUUUGUCUAUAGGCAGCUCUUCAAUAUGAUAAAUGGAAAAUUGAAUAUGGUCUGAUGGUAAACAAGGGCUUUUACUGUUCUCUUCAGUGGAACUUUCUUCUUGGUCAAAUUUUAACUAGCUAGUAUUAUAUUUAUAUACAGGGUUGUCUUUUUUUUUCUUUACCAAUGUAUUUUCCUACUCAUAGCUGACCAAUAAAUUCAAUAUCUGUUUCAAAUCUC